AUGGGAAAAUCGCAGGGCCUGUUCUCGGUGACCAUAUCCGCGAAACGAAAACCAGGGAUGGAUGAAGAUUCGUAUCAUAAAUAUAUCAGCGAAACGCACGCCGGGCAUCUUAAGCACCUUUUAGUCGAGAAGAAGAUUGUGGAUUACACUAUGCAACACAACACAUCUGAACUCAUGAAAGACAUUGAGAAUCUGUUCCCCAAUCUACCUUCUGUCAAUCGCUCACCUUACGAUGCAUUUGUCACGAUUGUCUUUCGCAACAUUGAAGACUACGUGAAGGUUAAAAACGACCCGCACUAUCUGAGUGUCGUGAAUCCCGACCACGUCAACUUCGCUGACGGUCCAAGUACUAUGAUGUCAUUUGGGUGGUUUGAGAAGCACGUAGCGGACGGGAAACUUGUCGAGAGUUGA